CGAAUCUAUUGACUUGAAAUUCUAAUGUCUCUCUCGAGACUUGAAGCAUAAAAAGCAUCACCAACUGCGUGACCGUUGCGAUUGAAGAGACGACAAUGCGGGAUUGUGUCUCCCUGUUGUUAUUGACCCUAACCACCGUCACCGUCACCGUCGUGGUGCUCCCGGCGAAGGUGGUGUACGGCGAUUUUCCGGGUAGCUUUCUUCCUCUGGAACGAGCCAUCCCUCUGAACCACCGAGUUGAACUGGAGGCACUCAGAGCUCGCGAUAGAGCCCGCCAUGGCAGAAUCUUGCAAGGUCUGGUUGGUGGCGUUGUCGACUUCUCACUCCAAGGAAACUCCGAUCCUAGCUUCGGUGGCGACGGGUUGUAUUUCACUAGAGUGAAGAUGGGGUCUCCUGCAAAAGAAUUUUACGUUCAGAUUGACACUGGAAGCGACAUCUUGUGGCUAAAUUGCAAAACUUGCAGCAAUUGCCCACAAUCUAGUGGAUUAGGGAUUGAGCUCAAUUCCUUUGACAUAGCAAUCUCAUCUACUGCUGCAACGGUUUCCUGCUCGGACCCUGCAUGUUCUUAUGCAGUUCAGACUUCAACAAGUGGAUGUGAUUCUCAGGUUAAUCAGUGCAGUUACGCGUUACGGUAUGGGGAUGGAAGUGGAACAUCUGGUUAUUAUGUUUCCGAUACGAUGUAUUUUGACGUGAUCGUGGGACAGUCCAUGGCUUCUAACUCUUCAUCCAGCGUCGUUUUUGGGUGUAGCACCAAUCAGUCUGGGGAUUUGUCUCAGUCAAAUAAAGCAGUUGAUGGAAUUUUUGGCUUUGGCCCGAGUGCUUUAUCAGUUAUAUCACAACUGUCAUCACAAGGCGUUACUCCCAAAGUGUUCUCUCAUUGCUUAAAAGGGGAGGGAAAUGGAGGAGGCAUACUAGUUCUUGGUGAAAUUUUGGAGCCAAAUAUUGUUUAUAGUCCACUUGUCCCAUCACAGCCUCAUUACAAUAUAAAUCUUCAGAGCAUUUCUGUCAAUGGACAACUUCUCUCAAUUGAUCCAGAUGUAUUUACAAAACCCAACAAUGGAGGAACUAUAGUUGAUUCUGGUACAACAUUGACAUACCUUGUUCAAGAAGCAUACGAUCCUUUUGUCAGUGCAAUAACUACCGCUGUGUCACAGUUUUCCAGACCGAUUAUUUCAAACGGAAACCAGUGCUAUCUGGUCUCUACCAGCUCGGGUGAUAUAUUUCCAACAGUCACUUUAAAUUUUAUGGGGGGAGCACCCAUGGUUUUAAAACCAGGGCAGUAUCUUAUACAUCAUGGUUUCCUUGAUGGUGCUGAAAUGUGGUGCAUCGGUUUCCAGAAAGUGCAGGAGGGGUUCACAAUUUUAGGAGAUCUUGUCCUGAAAGAUAAGAUUGUUGUAUAUGACCUAGCAAAUCAACGAAUUGGGUGGGCCGACUAUGAUUGUUCCUUGGCUGUAAACGUCUCGGUUGCUGCAAGCAAGAGCAAGGAUACGUACAUCAGUGCAGGACAGAUGAGUGUCAGCAGCUCCCAAAUAGGCAUUCUCUCCAAGUUGUUACCUGUAAGCAUGGCGGCUUUUCUUGUGCACAUAGUUUUCAUGGAGUCCCAAUUUUUGCAGUAAAUCUCCUCCAAGAGUCAAAGCUCAUUCUUUGAAAACUUACUGGGAUUGGCAGAGUCAUCACCAUACACUUCUGAUAUUUUGAAACGGAAGUGGUUGGUUGCUGUUUUCUGCUCUGCAUUUAACCAUAUUAGUAUCUUUCCAUUAGUAUGAUGAAAAUGGGGUUCUCAUUGUAAAUGGGCUCUGUUGGUUAGAAGUGGAAGAUUUGUACAUUGUAUAUCUCUGAAGUAGAUGGAAAUUUUGCUAUUAGAAACAGCUCUGUCUGACUGCAUAACACAGUUUACCUUGGGUUAUCAUUUUAAGCUGAAGUGUAUAGGAAUGCCAUAUGAUCAUGGUUUUCUAUUCAUGUUCAUGAGUUGUAUUGUCAAUUUGUCACCGAAGUAUCUCUGAAGAAAUGUAAAGAAGCCCUGAAAAAUAUUUCUUAACAUAGAAAGAUAAUUAUCUUUA